AUGAAUGUGAAAAUAUUUAAUAGAUAUAACGUUAUAAGGAUCAUAACGAUAUUGUUAUUGCUAUCACUUUGGAUAUAUUUUUCAGACAUUAGCAUAUCAUACUCUAAUUCAUUCAAUUUAAUACGAGACAAAAAUAUAAUAAUAAAUAAUGAGCCUCCAUUUAAUGAAUAUUACAAUGACAAAGCAAUUUAUGAGAAUACAAUGAUGAAAGAAAUAGGCAAUUACGCUUGGUUACAAUUUCAUGAAAUAAUUAAUAAUAUAGAUAUAUCUAUGGAUUAUAAGGUAACACAGAAUAAAAAGGAAUGUGAUAAGUUAGAUAAAUUUCUACAAUUAUUUAGUGAUUUAUAUCCAAACUGUAAUAGUCUUCAUGGUUCUGACAUGUUUAACGAAAUAUUGGAAACCAAUCCUAUUCCAACAUGUUCGAAUAAAUUCAUAUUAAAGUGGUGGGGUUGUCAUAUUCAUAAUAAAAUGAAUCUUAAACUAGGUAAAAAUGAAUUUGAUUGCUAUAAUUUAUUUACUAAGGAAGAGUUAUCAUCAAAUGAUAUUAAGUUCAAUAAAGUAACACUUGAAAUUGAAGAAAAACAGCUGGGUUGA